AUGAGCGAAGAGAGUUCUGUAUUCACAGAAUUUCGAAAUCUUUGCAUCAGUUUCGAUAAAGGCCAGGAUCAGUCUCAGAAAGAGGAGAAAAAGAAUCUCCUCGAGAAAGUCGAAACCAUCUAUCUACAGAUGAGUCGUCUUGAUGUUGCAUCCUUAGGCUCACUUGCCGAGGCUUUUGCUAUAAUGGAUACUACUUCGCAAGCUAUUGAUAGAAUUUGGACAGAUUGCACUAUAUAUUCCUCUGACCAAGUUCUAAAAUUAAUGAAUUAUAUAUCAUCAGAUCUUUCUAAAUUCGUUAUCGCAUCAGUUGCAUCAUUUAAAUUAUUUGACAAUACAAAAUCAUCACGUACAUUAGCUUUAUGUUCCCAAAUACUCUCAAAAUGGUACAAUCAAGCAAUAACUUUUACAACAACACAAUGGCCUCAAUUUACUCCAAGGCCAUGGAAUUCAGGCAAAUACGAAAACCCUGAAAUCGCACAAUUAUAUUAUCGUGUAAACUUUUUCGCAGAAUACAGGCGCUCUUUCUUCUACUGUGCCCAAUUCAAGCAGAACUUUAUGCCACCAAAUAUCCAAAACAUUGGUGGACAUAUUGAGCUCACUGAAGAUAAAUGGAACGAAAUUACUUCUUUUCUCAUGGGCCAUUUGAAAUCAUUGCUAUUCGGUGACGGUGGCGUAAUUGAUAACGUUAAUGCACAAUUAAAAUCCGUAUCAGAUAGCCAAGAUGCUUUAGCUUCUUUAAUUCAAUCUUUAUCUUUUCUCAAGAAUUUCCCAGAGUUUACAAAAGUCGUUCAACCUUACGAAGAAACACGCGAUAAAUUAUUCCUUACAUUCUUAGACCUUAUUAAAGGCCAAUUACCACAACAUCAAAGCGAAGACCCAACAGAUACUGUUGGAACAAUCUGGAUUCUUCAUCAAAUACAAUACUGCAGAGCUUUUAUGGCAAAAAUCCAAAAUCCUGCUCAAAAUGUUACAGAUGAAUGCAAUAAUGUCGUUAAUUUAUUUGAAAAAUCCGUCGAAAAGUCAUAUCUCGCUUGGUAUAAGCAGCUCAGCUCGAAACUUGACUCAGUUGAUUUUACAAAACCAUUAUUUACAUUUGAAUUUAAUUCUUCGUCAAAAUUAGCAUCACUUGCCUUCCCAGAAGAAUUCACAAACUAUAUGGAUCAAGCUGCCGACCUCACAGCCUUAAAGAAACGCAUUCCAAACGAACUUCAAGCAAAACUCAAGAAAGUUCGCGACCAGAAAGGCUACUACUGCUCAAUCAAGCAAGUUUGUGAUUACUACAAUGCAACAAUUCUCUCAAUUAUUCGACCACUUCGAAGAUUACUUAUUCAAUACGUUGAUCAGUUUAUUAACUCCUUCCAAUCGAUUGUUUCCGUUGAUUUUACAUUCCCUGAGAAUGUUGAGCAGUUUAUUGGCUCAAUAUUGAAGCAAGCGAAAGAUUUGGAUAAUACAAACAACCAAAUGCUUUCAAUUCAUAAGAAAUUCAUUGCUGAUAUCUCCAAUUUGUUCGAUUGCAGCUUAAUUACAGGCGAAGAGAAGUGGAAAGAGACAUUACGUUCAAUUCGUAACCAAAUUUACGAAAUUUAUCGUAAUGGCCUUACAAAUGUCAAGCCAUGGAUGAAGCAUCUUAAUGCCCAGAUCUACAAAGCUCUUGAUUACCAAUUUGACAAGACUUUGAUGACAAUGGAAAAUGAUGUUCAAAAAACAACAGUUGAAAUAUCAUAUAACGUUGAUUCUCGUACAGUUAUUUUUGAACCAUCACUUGGCAAUCUCCGCCAACAACUUUACAACCAAAUUACAAAAUUAAUUUCAAUUCCUUCGCAUUUCGCCGGAGUCACGCUUUCCCAGAAGACCGAUGCAGCAUCAGAGUUCGCAGCCAUCAUCCAUGGUCACACAGACUCCAUAGAACAGCUUUAUCAGCGUACAGAAAAACUUAUUAAUACAAUUUCAGGUUGCACCAAGCAAUUAAACACCUGGAUUGCAUUAGGCGCAAUCGCCGACUUCGAUGCUCGCAUUUCCACCAUGUUCAGCUCUCCAGAAGAGUUCCGAACAAAUCUGAAUUUUGUAUCUAUCCGCGAAAGUGAAAUUGAACAACUUCCAGACACCCAACAGUUCGAGUUCAUCACUAUUUCCUACAAACUCGCGAAAGCAAGCUUCAGAAAGCUUGUUACAGAGUACAAACGUUCGAUUUGCAAUUUGUUGAGAAAAUCUCUUGACAACGACAUCUCAACUGUCAUGGAUUUCAUCAACAACUCAUUAGCUUCUGUACAAACAUCAGUACAGACAAGUGAAGAAGUCCGCAAAUCCCGUGAAAACAUUGUUGCUCUUUCCAAAAUGGUCAAUGAUUAUUCUAAAACAUUCCAAUCUAUUCGUGCAAAAUCAUCUUUGUUGAUGAUUCACGAUCAGCAAAGUCGCCAAUCCCUUCAGUUCCAGAUAGAUUCAAUACAAAGCCACUGGGAAAUCUUCAGAGGUACAUUGCAAGACCAGAACAAAGUCAUUACUCAGCAAAUGAGAACUUUGAAGACAUUGAUGUCCCAGAAAAUUGAUGAUUUCCAGAGAAGAACUACAUCAUUCAAACUCAAGUGGGAAGAGAGGAAACCAAAGGAUGUUGACUUCAAGAACGAAGCAGCUGUUAAGAAAGCAAUUAACACUGUCAAAGAAACUAAAAACGGAUUGGAAGAGUUCAAGAAAGAAAGAGAUCUUCUGUUGGAAGAAGAAGCAAGUUUCGGUGUCAAACAAGAAAGACAAUUCCCUGACAUUAAAGAAGUCUCUCAGCAGCUGAAAGCAUUCGAAUCAACAUGGUUAUUAGUUGAUAAAUGGCAGACAUCGUUAGAUGAAAUGUCACAUGAAGAUUGGGUUACUUUUAGAACUCAUAUUUUCGAUUUGGAAGAGUUUUUGCAACAAUGGGAACAAACAGUGAAUUCUGUUCCUCAAAGCGAAGUUUCCAAUUACGUUUUGGAUCAAGUUCACACAUUAUUGAAAGCUUAUCCAUCAAUGAAAUACGUAAGAGGAGAUAACUGGGUUGCAGAACAUUGGGAAGAGCUCGGAAUCAUCAUCAAAUUCCCAAGACCAAUGAAAAUCAAUGAUCUCAAACUCGCCGACAUCCUUAACUCCGCUGAUAAAAUCAGAAUCAAUGAGCACAAAAUCAAGCAAUUGUGCGAAAGAGCAAAAGGAGAAGGAACAAUAAGAAGCGCGCUCAGAGAAAUCAGAGAAUGGAACAUGCACACGGAAUUCAUUUUGUUCGAACAACAAGGUGUUCCUGUCAUCAAGGAAUGGAAGGAUUUGUUGACACAAGUUUCAGAUAUGCAGGCAACAAUCCAAUCUCUGUCUUCCCUUCAAUACGCUGAAGCUUUCGAAAGUGAAAUUCAAUUGUGGACAACAAAAUUCACUACUUUACAUGAGACGCUUUUACUCUUAAACCAAAUUCAGAGGAAAUGGCUUCAUUUAGCACCAAUUUUCUCUUCUGGAGCUUUACCCAGCCAUACAGAAAAGUUCAAUGCUCUUGACAACCAAUUCAGAAGUUUGAUGAACGAUACAAAGAAAGAUCCACAAGUCACUUCACUUCUCAACAAAUACGAUAUUGUUUCAUUGUUGAAAGGACUGUUAGAAGGCUUAGAUGCAUGCCAGAGUGCAUUAACAGCAUUCCUUGAGAGCAAAAGACAAGGAUUUCCAAGAUUAUACUUCAUUGGAGAUUUCGAUUUACUCGACAUUCUCGGAAAAGUCAAAGAUUCUCCUGAUGUUGUUCAAACACAUCUCAAGAACUUGUUCCAAGGUAUUUCCUCUGUUGUUUUCGAUGACAACAAGAAAUUGGUCGCUUUCUGUUCCUCUCUUGGCGAAAAAGUUUAUUUACCAGAGCCAAUUUUCACAAAUUCAUCAGUUGAAGUUUGGCUGAAUGAAUUGUGUGUUAAACAACAAAAGGCAUUGAUGCAAUCUCUAUCAGAUUACGUACAAGGAAAGAGCUUCACGACAAAGAAAUUCCCAUCACAAAUUGUCCAAGUCGGUGAAGCAAUUAAAUACACAAGUGAUAUGAUUGCAUCAAUUCCUCACAGACAAUUAAGAGAUUGUUACAAGUCUUAUCAGCAGAAAUUACAUGCAAUUGCUGAUUUCAGGAAGAAACCAUUAGAAGUAAGUGAUGUUUCAAGCUCAAUCAACACGGAAACAACAGAUGAAAGUGAAAUCUCAUUGAUUAAAUGCUUGAUUAUUGAUUUCGUCCAAUAUACAAGUGUCAUGGAAGAACUCCAGCAAUACGAUGUUGCUUCCUUAGAUAACUUCCAAUGGUUAAGGAGAAUCAAGUACUUCUUCGAGAACGACAAAUGCGUAAUCAGAAUGUGCGAUGGAACAUUUGAUUACGGUUACGAAUACCAAGGAAAUGCUCCUAAACUUGUUCACACUCCUUUAACUGAUAUCUGUUGGUCAACACUUUGUGAAGGUAUGCACUUAGGUUUUGCAGGAAAUCCAUACGGUCCUGCAGGUACAGGUAAAACAGAAUCAGUUAAAGCACUCGGACAAGCAAUGGGAAGACAGGUUUUGGUAUUCAACUGCGGUGAUGGUAUCGAUGUCAAAUCAAUCUGUAGAAUAUUUACAGGUUUAGUACAAUGCGGUGCUUGGGGUUGCUUCGAUGAAUUCAACCGUCUCGAUGAACUUGUUUUGUCCGCUGUUUCCCAGCAAAUUCAAGCAAUUCAAACAGCAAUUCUCAAGAAGAAAGAAAACGUUGCUCUUUUAGGAAAAACAAUUCCUUUGGACUUGAAAUCCGGUAUCUUCGUAACAUUGAAUCCUGCAGGCAAAGCAUACGGUGGCAGAUCUAAACUUCCUAACAACUUGAAGGCUUUGUUUAGAUCUGUUUCAAUGUCUGCACCUGAUAAAGCAUUGAUUGGCGAAAUCAUGCUUUAUUCUGAAGGUUUCCAGGCUUCAACAGAACUCGCUCAAAGAUUGACAACAACAUUCUCUUUGGCCGACCAAUUAUUGUCUAAACAAAGACACUACGAUUGGGGCUUACGUGCUCAGAAGACAGUUCUCAACAUGGCUGGCCAAUGGUUAAGAGAAAGCGAUGGAAGCCAAAAUGAAGCGGAUAUUGUUAUCAGAGCUUUGUUAUUCGAUACAUUAGGAAAACUUGAUGACAAAGACAGAUCAUUGUUCUUGGAUAUCGUUAAAGAUAUCUUCAAGACACAAGAUGCAAACGCAAACAACGAGAACUCAUUACAAGAUACAAUAAACGAGAUCAUCAAAGAAAAGAAACUUCAGCCUUCUCAACAACAAUUGACAAAAAUCGCUCUCCUUCACCAACUUCUUCAGCACAGAACAGGUGCUGUUAUCGUUGGCCCAGCAGGUUGCGGUAAGUCAACUGUUUGGAAAGUUCUUGCCGAUGCAUUAACAAAAUCAGGUCAUAAAUGCAAUGUUUGGCAUAUUGUUCCAAAAAGUGACGCUUUAGAAAUGUUGAUGGGUUCCAUUGAUUUAGAUACAAGAGAAUGGACUGAUGGUUCAUUAACUAAAGCAGCAAGAGCAGCAGCUAAACUUCCUCCUGAAGAAUUCGGUUUUAUUGUUUGCGAUGGCGAUGUUGAUCCAGUUUGGAUUGAAUCUUUGAACUCUGUUUUGGAUGAUAACAAACUUUUGACACUUCCAACAGGUGAAAGAAUCCAAUUCGAUAAGAACGUAAAGUUUAUCUUCGAAACACAUUCAUUGCAAUUCGCUUCUCCAGCUACAGUAUCAAGAAUGGGUGUUUUGUUCGUAAAUGCUGUUGAUUUCGAUGUCAAAUUAACAUUCCCACAAUUUACAGAGAAAAUGAACCCAGAAAUCCAAAAGUUGUUCAACAAAUUCAUACCACAAGUCAUUACUUUGUUGCAGCAGAAUGCACAGAACAUGGUUUUCCCAUUAACAGACUUGUCUAUGGUAAGAAACAUUUAUCCACACGUUGCAAAUUCAACAAACGAAACAGACUUUGUUUUAGGAGUUAUAAGAGGUUCUGUUUCAAUGUUGAAUCCAUCAGUUCAUGAGAAAUUCGCAACACUCAUUCUCCAGAACGCUAAAUCUUGCGGUAUCAAGUUCAGUUCGAUGAAGAAUCCAUUAACAUCUUAUGUUGCAAAAGACGGAAAUGUUUCCAAUUUCGAUUACGUCAAAAUGCCAGAUAACGCCUGGAAUGUCACAAAUCCACCGUUCAUCAAAACACCAGAAAGCUGCAGAUUCCUUGCAAUGGCUGAAUCUCAUGUCCAGAUGAAUCAACCUUUGUUAAUUGUUGGUCCAAAGGGAUGUGGAAAGACAACUUUGAUUCAACAAUUAUAUCCAGGAGAUGUCGAAGUUAUUAAUUGCAAUGCUUUGACAAACGCAAAGAUUGUCAUCCAGAGAUUGACAGAGCUUUGUUCUUCAUCACCUGGUGCAAAUGGUAUCAGAAUGAAACCAAGAUCUGGAAAGAAUUUGACAAUUUUCUUCAAAGGAAUCCAAUAUCCAGCAGCUGAUAAAUUCGAAACAGUUCAAUUGCAUUCAUUCAUUAGACAGCUCACACAGCUAAAUGGCUUCAUGAAUGAUGCUCUUGAAUGGGUAGAAUUAGUUGGAAUCAACAUCGUCGCUUCAAUGAAUCCUGGUGAAUCAUUACAAACAAUUUCUGAAAGAUUGAUUUCUCAAUUCAGAAUUGUUGUCAUUGAUUACGUUUCCAGCGAUUCCCUGAAGUUCAUCUAUGGAGAAUACGUAACAAAGAUAUUGCACACAGAACAAGAAUCAACAUGGAACAAUUCAAACCUUUGUUACGAACUCGCAAAAUGCAUCGUAA